AUUGAUUUCUUGUAAAGUUUGACAGUUUAGUACUCUGUGACCUCUGAAUUCGUUUGACCGUAAAAAAGCCUCUCUGAUAUCCACCAUGACUUUUGAGCCUUAUAUAGGUUUUUUUUCUAUUUUUCUUUUCAGUUUUUAUUUGUUUUUGGUUUUGCUGCCGUUUGUCAAAUUUGAUGUUUUUUUGCAUUUGUGCGCAGACGCGUGUCGCCGCGUCCAUUUCCACCUGCCCUACAGGUGGGAGGUCUUUGAUGGCAUCAGCUGGACAGACGUGGAGGACAUGGAGGACGUGGAGCGGGACUUCUGUGACCCGUCCAAAACUCAAAGCCACGGAGAUCCCCCCGUCCACUUCCCAUCCAUGACGCAGAAGUUGCGGCCCGUUCGCCGCCUGUCCACGGUUUCCUCGGUAACCAAGCCGCUGCAUUACGUCCUGACGACCAAGUGGCGUUGGUUCUACAGGGGGGACGGGGGGGUCUGGGUGGAGUACGGAGAGCCGGAUGAGAAGCUUCGCACCAUGUCAGUGACAUCACGGCGUCUGGAGGAGGCGUUCCUGUCCGACCCCUCUGCAGAGGUCCUGGUGGUGAAAGGAAACAGAGAGUACGUCGUCAGCUUCACAGGUCCAUCCAUCCAGUGCAACAGCUUGAUCCGGGAUGUCAGGGGUUAAAAUGUCUCAGCUCCUGGUCAGGGAAGUCAGCCUUGCCCUGAUGCCGGCUCUCCUCCCUCUCUUCGUCUUUCGGUUUGGUUUCUCCCCUCUGGUCUGACUGGCCACUCGUUGAUGCCGUUGUUUUGGAUCCUCUCUCAGUCUGCUGCAUUCAAUCCAACCAACAACUUUUCUAGAUGUCAGAGAAGUGUUUCUCUGUCGUAGAAAAGUCAAAAAAUAAAUAUAUAAAUAUAGAAAACAGUAGCUGCUGACAGCUGCAUCUGCACGCACUGCCGACGCCAUAACAACACGUCAGGUAUCAUGUGACCUGAAAACAGAAUGACCUCAGCUUCAGAAAUCUGCCAGAGUCCAGCUGAGCUGCUGCCGACACAGUUAGAUCCCAGAAAACUGAUCCUGAGUGAACUGAUCAGACCAUCGUCUGGUUUUUAUGGUUCUCUGGUUAUUAUGGUCCUCUGGUUCUCUGGUUUUUAUGGUCCUCUGGUUCUCUGGUUCUUAUGGUCCUCUGGUUCUCUGGUUUUUAUGGUCCUGUGGUUCUCUGGUUCUUAUGGUCCUCUGGUUCUCUGGUUUUUAUGGUCCUCUGGUUCUCUGGUUCUUAUGGUCCUCUGGCUCUCUGGUUCCUAUGGUCCUCUGACUCUCUGGUUUUUAUGGUCCUCUGGUUCUCUGGUUCUUAUGGUCCUCUGGUCCUCUGGUCCUCUGGUUCUCUGGUUCUUAUGGUCCUCUGACUCUCUGGUUCUUAUGGUCCUCUGGUUUUUAUGGUCCUCUGGUUCUCUGGUCCUCUGGUUCUCUG